AUGUCGAACCGUCCUACUGUCGGCAUCGUCGGCGGCGAUGGUGCCAGCACUGGAGAAACCCAUCCCCUGCCAGCCGUCUUCAGCUCUCCCAUUCGGCCUGACAUUGUCCAGUCCGUCCACGCCGGAAUGGCCAAGAACAAGAGACAACCAUAUGCCGUGAGCGAGAAGGCAGGCGAACAGACAUCAGCCGAGUCAUGGGGCACAGGUCGUGCUGUCGCACGUAUCCCUCGUGUCUCUGGCGGUGGUACACAUAGAGCAGGUCAAGCUGCGUUCGGUAACCAAUGUCGAUCCGGCCGCAUGUUCGCACCCACGAAGGUCUGGAGAAAGUGGCAUCAGAAGAUCAACUUGGGUCAGAAGCGCUUUGCUACCGCAUCUGCCAUUGCUGCCAGCUCUGUCCCGGCUCUCCUCCUCGCCCGCGGCCACCGCAUCUCGACCGUCCCCGAAGUGCCGCUCGUCAUCUCAAGCAAGGUCUUUGAAGGUGCCGCUCUCGUUAAGACAUCCGCCGCUGCCGCUCUUCUCAAGGCCGUUGGCGCUGGCCCAGACAUUGUCAAGGUCCAGAAAUCCCGCAAACUGCGCGCUGGUAAGGGCAAGAUGCGAAACCGCCGACACCGCCAGCGCCGCGGGCCUUUGGUGGUCUACAACCCAGAGGUCGACGGCAAGGAGCUCGUUCGGGCGUUCCGCAACAUCCCCGGCGUCGAGACCUCGUCCGUCUUCGCGCUGAACCUCCUCCAGCUCGCCCCGGGUGGUCACUUAGGUCGGUUCAUCAUCUGGACCUCGGGUGCGUUCGGUGCUCUGGACACCAUCUACGGCUCGACGACUGAAGCGUCGACCCUGAAGAAGGACUUCCUUUUGCCCUCCAACGUCGUCUCCAACGCCGACAUCACCCGCCUCAUCAACAGCUCCGAGAUCCAGUCCGUGCUCCGCGAGCCCAAGGGCUACGCCACCACCAAGCGCGCCGGCGUCCAGAAGAAGAACCCGCUUCGCAACAGACAGGUGCUGCUCCGCCUCAACCCCUACGCUGCGCAGUACUCCAAGGACAAGAUUGGGCAGAAGGGCGUCGACCACGGCAAGCCCGAGCGUGUCAAUGAGAAAUUCCAAGAGGUUUUGCACGAGAACUAG